AUGGCAGAAAAUUCUAACCCUACAGAAGCACUUGCAGUGAAAACAACAAAAGAAACUACCAAAACUAAUAAAAGAAUUGUAGAAAAUACAAAGUCUGAUAAAGGAACUCAAGUAAGAAAAUAUGCAGGCUUAUUAUCAAUAUUCACUUUUGUGCUUUCUGUUUUGAUCAUUGCCUUAGCUAUUUGGUUGCUUUACAUGAGAGAUUACGACUGUGAGAAGCUCUUGAGGCUACCGAGAUUACAGAUGGGCAUUGGCAUUGGAUUGAUAUUUGUUUCCUUGAUUAGCAGCAUUGUCGUGUUCUUGAGAUCACGGUUUCCAGUGCCAGGUUUUUUCAUCGUUAUGGUGCCGUUGAUCGUGAUGUUCACAAUGGGACUUGCACUUGUGGGAGCUAACAAGAUGGAAAGCAGGAGAUUGGUGGCGACACCAAUGUGGUUCAGAGAAAAAAUCCGCAAUCAUGACGACUGGGAGAAUAUUAGAUCUUGCAUUUUCAGUUCAGGAACAUGCGAUGAUUUGGUGUCCAGGUCGUUGAAUCUCAAAGCAUUUGAUUUCAGUAUCAAGAAAUUAUCAUCUAUAGAGAGCAUGGUGUGGGUAGCAAAAGCUUGUGAAAAGCCUCUGAUGAAAACUUCAUCAGACUCGCAUGUUCACCUUGUAGCAAUUGAUGGAACCUUUGAGGAGCUGCGGUAA